AGUCUCAGUGGCUUAGCCUUCUGAUCCGAAGCUCCUGUGCAGCCUCAGCCCUACACCAUGACCUCCUUCUACAGCAGCUCCUCAUGCCCUCUGGGUUGCACCAUGGCUCCUGGAGCAAGAAAUGCCUCUGUCUCUCCUAUCGAUGUUGGGUGCCAGCCCGGGGCAGAGGCCAAUGCUGCCUCCAUGUGCCUCUUGGCCAACGUGGCACAUGCCAACAGAGUCCGUGUGGGGUCGACUCCCCUGGGCCGCCCCAGCCUCUGUUUGCCCCCGACCUGUCACACGGCUUGUCCCUUGCCAGGGACCUGUCACAUUCCUGGCAACAUCGGAAUCUGUGGGGCCUAUGGCAAAAACACCCUGAAUGGCCAUGAGAAGGAGACCAUGCAGUUCCUGAAUGACCGCCUGGCCAACUACCUGGAGAAGGUGCGCCAGCUGGAGCAGGAGAACGCGGAGCUGGAGGCCACACUCCUCGAGAGGAGCAAGUGCCACGAGUCCACUGUGUGCCCCGACUACCAGUCCUACUUCCGUACCAUUGAGGAGCUCCAACAGAAGAUCCUGUGCAGCAAGGCCGAGAAUGCCAGGCUGAUUGUACAAAUUGACAAUGCCAAGCUGGCUGCUGAUGACUUUAGGAUCAAGCUGGAGAGUGAGCACUCCCUGCGCCAGCUGGUGGAGGCGGACAAGUGUGGGACGCAGAAGCUCCUGGAUGACGCGACCCUGGCCAAGGCCGACCUGGAGGCCCAGCAGGAGUCCCUGAAGGAGGAGCAGCUCUCCCUCAAGAGCAACCACGAGCAGGAAGUAAAGAUUCUGAGGAGUCAGCUGGGGGAGAAGCUCCGGAUCGAGCUGGACAUUGAGCCCACCAUUGACCUGAACAGGGUGCUGGGGGAGAUGCGGGCUCAGUACGAGGCCAUGUUGGAGACCAACCGCCAGGACGUGGAACAGUGGUUCCAAGCCCAGUCUGAAGGCAUCAGCCUGCAGGCCAUGUCCUGCUCUGAGGAGCUGCAGUGCUGCCAGUCGGAGAUCCUGGAGCUGAGAUGCACAGUGAAUGCCCUGGAGGUGGAGCGCCAAGCCCAGCACACCUUGAAGGACUGUCUGCAGAACUCCCUGUGUGAAGCCGAGGACCGCUUUGGCACGGAGCUGGCCCAGAUGCAGAGCCUCAUCAGCAACGUGGAGGAGCAGCUGUCCGAGAUCCGGGCCGACCUGGAGCGGCAGAACCAGGAGUACCAGGUGCUGCUGGACGUGAAGGCCCGGUUGGAGAAUGAGAUUGCCACGUACCGGAACCUUCUGGAGAGUGAAGACUGCAAACUCCCCUGCAAUCCCUGCUCCACGCCUGCCUCCUGUACUUCUUGUCCAAGCUGUGGCCCUGUCACCGGUGGGUCUCCCUCUGGCCAUGGAGCUAGCACGGGGAGAUGAUUCCGAAGGCCCAAGUUAGGAGAUUGAGGCUGGUUGCACUGGGGUCAGGAGUGCCCUCACCUUGCUCAGUCUUCCUUCAAGACCAGACUCACUGAGGCAUUUUCCCUAAAUCAACCGGUAGCAGACACUUCCAAGGAGUGGCUCCCUGCCUAUGCCUCUAAGCUGUAUUUUUUGUUGUUUCUAAAGUGUUGUAAUUAUCUUCCAUGAAAGCGAUUAUUUUUCCCGAUGUCUCUUCUUAGUUCUUUUGGUUCUAUUCCAGUGUUUCAGAAUCUCCUAAAAUGUAACUGGGUUCCCUUCAUUAAAUGGUCAAUAAACCUCCUUCCUGCACCAA